UUGUGCAAUAAUAUUGAUCGUGAACAUGUCAUCAACAUGACGGCGUGUUUUAAAAGAAUCGGAACAAACGAGUAAACGAUUUAUUUUUGAAAUUUGACACUAAAUAACGCGUUUUUUUCAAUACCUCGUUAAAACUAUCCAUUCAAGCUUGAGUUACUUUAGUUGAGCUUCACUUCAAUUUACUUUGGUUAUAGGCAGUUUGUUUAUUAGGUUAAGUUGUUUUAUAAAGUUUUGUAUUAUAUUGGACUAGUUUUUCAAUAAAAAUGUAUUGAUUUAUCAGUGAAUUAGCUUUUUAAGUGUAAGAGUGAAAAUGGAGAAGAUAAACUGCAGUUUGCUAUUAAUAUCCCUCUGUGCUUUGUUAUGGGGUGUGGCCGGCCAAUACGAGUGGCAAUUGAGAGAUACUUUCGAUGAAAUUAGAGGCAGAAUGGACAGGGUUUCCGCAGAUAACUGCUAUAUCACACAUCUUGAUGAUUUGUUUCUUCCGUCAGACUCUGUUUCGCAUCAUCCGGAUGUAAAAGAGAUCAAUAUAAACCCUGUCUUCCCUAACCGAACGGCGAUGCUUCAUUUACACAACAUGGCAAUGAAUCGAGCGUUUUUCUGGAGCUAUAUCCUUCAGUCUAGGUUUAUCCGACCGGCUAUCAAUGAUACAUACGAUCCUGGCAUGAUGUAUUACUUUCUUUCAUCAGUGGCAGAUGUUUCUGCAAAUCCGUACAUUAACGCCAGUUCUAUCUACUUCUCGCCGAAUAUGUCCUACACGUCGUCAUAUAGAGGGUUCUUCAAUAAGACCAUGGCCAGGUUUGCACCUAGAGCCUACAGAUCUGAUGACUUUAAUGAUCCUGUGCAUCUACAGAAGAUCUCAACCAUGAAUACAUUUAUAGCUGAAGAUCUGGGAGCAUUUGAUCCAGAGAGUUUGUCCAAAGACUAUACUUCUGAUUUUUACCGCACUAAUGAAUGGUACAGCAAGUGGCUUCCUGAUAGGGUUGGUGAUCGACACGACACAAAAACAACCUACCAGGUUGAAAUAAGAUAUGCAAAUAACACUAAUGAGACAUUUACAUUUCAUGGACCUCCUGGUAAUGAUGAGGUUCCAGGCCCUGUGAACUGGACGCGCCCUUACUUUGACUGCGGAAGACUAAACAAGUGGCUGGUUGCCGCAGUCUCCCCAGUUGCAGAUAUCUUCCCUCGGCACACACAAUUCAGACACAUUGAGUAUCCGAAAUAUACGGCUGCUGUAGUGAUGGAGAUGGACUUUGACAGGAUAGAUAUAAACCAAUGCCCUGAGAGUCAGGGCAAUGAUAAGCCAAACCGGUUUAAAGCAACAGCAAGAUGCAAAAAUGAAACAACAGAGUGCGAGCCUAUUCACGGCUGGGGUUUCCGCCGCGGCGGCUACCAGUGCCGCUGCAAGCCGGGCUACCGCCUGCCGAGCAUCGUCCGUCGCCCGUAUCUAGGCGAGAUCGUCGAACGAGCCACGUCUGACCAGUACUUUAACAACUUUGACUGUCUGCCUAUUGGAUGGAUCCAGCGACUGCCCGUGAAAUGGGAGCGUUCGCUGCCGUUCCUCCGCGCCAUGUACCUGGACAAGUACUACGAGUACGUGAACGCGAGCUCCGGCCCGGCCGCGCUGCACACCGAGCGCCCCAACGUGUAUGAAGUGCUUAAUUUCAUACGGGGUGUGCAGCCUCACAACUGCUCGUUAUACAACCCGUCAGACCUCUUCUUGAACGGUGAUAUCGCUUACGGUGCAGAAGAACAAUUCGCGAACCAGGCCAAGAUGGCAGUCCGCUUGGCCAACUUCAUCAGCGCGUUCCUGCAGAUAUCCGACCCGAUGGAGGUGUUCAGCGGCACACGCGUCGCCGACAAACCGCUCACUGAGGACCAGAUGAUUGGCGAGACCUUGGCUCUCGUGCUCGGAGACUCAAAGAUUUGGUCUGCCGGCGUAUUCUGGGACAGAAACAAAUUCAUAAAUCGAACUUUCUUCGCACCAUUUGCUUACAAGACUGAACUCAACACUAGGAAAUACAAACUUGAGGAUCUUGCUCGACUCAAUACGACUGAGGAACUCUACACAAACCAACCAUGGUUCCAAUUCCUGAAACAGCGUUGGUUAACCAACUUUGACAAUCUCGAGAAGUUUUUCCUUAAAAUGAAAAUCCGCGACGACGAGUUCGGAAAAUACUUGAAACAUUACGAGAGAUAUCCAACGUCGUAUAUGGCAGCUAACCUGAAGCAUGGCCACUGGACCACGCCCUACUUUGACUGUAAAGGCCAUCUGAAGCAGUGGGUUACCACGUAUGCCGCGCCGUUCUUUGGGUGGGACAGUGUUAAAGUGAAAUUGGAAUUCAAGGGUGUAGUGGCAGUGACAAUGCAGCUGAUGUCCUUGGAUAUCAACCAGUGCCCUGACAAGUACUACGUGCCCAACGCCUUCAAGGGAACUGAUAAAUGUGACAGGCUAUCUUCUUAUUGUGUACCAAUCCUCGGUCGCGGCUUCGAAGCCGGCGGCUACAAGUGCGAAUGUCUGCAAGGCUUCGAGUACCCGUUCGAGGACGAGAUCACGUACUACGACGGGCAGAUCAUGGAGGCGGAGUUCCAGAACGUCAUCGAGGACAAGAAGACGCGCAUAGACAUGUUCAAGUGCAGGCUGGCGGACGCGGCGGCGAUACAGAGCAGCUUCGCUGUGCUGCUAGCCGUCUUAUAUUUAGUCUAUAAACUUAGGUAAAGUUACUGACUUAAGUAUAAAGUUAUUGCGGCGGACAAAUAAAAGCCAUUUGGGUAAGCCCUUUAAAAUCGUACAACACGUACGAAGAGUAUACAAGUAGGCACACAAAGAGACCUUCAUUUUAUCACAUAAAGGUUUAAUUUAAAAAAAAUCGACAUGGAGUUGAAAUCUUGAUCGGGAAAAAGCCUUAUACGAAAUAAUUAUAAGGUCUAAUAUGUACACGAUUUUUCAUUUAUGUCUAAAAGCUAUAAAAUUUACCUGAUAGUUAUAUUCUUAUUAUUUUUACCAGUUGUAAUCUUUUAUUUUUGAAUUUUUAAUAUUUACAUUGUAUCCGAUUGUUCUAUAGAAACAUAAAAUAAUGUUGACUUCCGAUGCGUAAACGCCGUCCAUAUAAAACAUUAGACUGAUGUAGUUAUAAUGAAUCUCACUUGUGGUAUUAAAUGUCACUUUAUAUGCAUUUAGUUAAGAGUUAGUUAAUAUUUUUUAUACUAAUAUUAUCCGCGUAUUCUUGACUUAUUUUUACUUACCGUACUUACUUUUUUCGGUUAUAGACUUACAUAUUUCUUUAUAUUUUUGUUUGUCUUUUAUAAUGGUUUAUUAUGAUUUAUUAACUUUCCGUGCCGUCCAUAUUUGAGACUGACUAAGUUUACGCGAUGAUUUUUGAGGUCUAUGUUAUUACAUUCCUAUAGGUAUUUUUUACAACCUCUAUUCGCGUGAGCUAUGUAUAAUAGCAGCUAUCCACUCCAAUUGAAUUAAUACAAGC